AGUAUGACGUAUGCAUAAUAUGCCAAUAAUCUGAUCUUCAUGUCAUUCGUUUUGCGAUUUUAGCGAUCGCGAAAGUGCUCCCAAUAUCGCAGAAAAUAGACGUUCAUUAUCUGGGUGUUCUACUUUGAUUCAAUUGUGAUAUAUUCCAGGUAAAGUUGGAUAUGUAAAUCUUCUGGGAUCUUCAUACGAUCGAGGAGUAAGGACUUUUCAUCAUGACGCUUCCAGCUUACACCCCUCUCUCUAAUGAUCAACCCCAGAUGGUUCAACAACAAAAUCAACAACAACAACAACAUCAUCAGGUGGCAGUGCAGCCUGGUAAUGUACAAGUGGUGUCUGGGAACCAGACUCAUCCUGGUAACUGGACGAGUAUGACAGGGACGGGAAUUACGCAGAUAGUCCUGGGAAGUCUGACCGUCAUUCUGGGCAUUGUUGCCUGCGUCAUUGGAUCUUUCUAUUUCUUCAUUGGACAUGCGUUUUGGUGUGGGAUUGGGUUCUACUGUGUUGCUGGCAUAUUGGGCGUGGUCGCUGGACAAAAGCAAAACCAAUGUGCUGCGAUUGCAUACAUGAUAUUGUCCAUCUUCGCCUGUCUCGCUUCCUGCAUCGUUAUGGGAAUCAGUGGUACUGCGGCUGCUUUGGACCGUUAUAGCUUUGGCUUUUACACUGAUAACUGGGAAGGUAAAGUGGCCGUAGAUGCCAUGUUGGCGAUAGUUGCUCUGGUGGAGUUUGUGGUGUCCAUCGUUGGUGCUAGCAUGACCUGUGGCGCCAUCUGCAACACCCCACCGGCACACACCGUGAUUCACUACCAAGCCCAGCCCCAGUUUGUCGUUGCUGCUCAACCCCAAGGUGUCACCUACUAUGCUCCCCAAGGCCAGCAGCAGUUUGCAUCCUACCCUGCACAGCAGGUAGUGGCUCCUCAGGGGCCAUACUUUCAAGGACAAGCCGUGCCCCAGGCUCCGCCCCAGGCCAUGCCCCAGGCCAUGCCUCAUGCCGCACCUCAGUAUCAGCCCCUCACCAAAUAAAUGGAUCACAAGAGGUGUAAUUGUAUCAUCACUAGUCAUUGUAAGUCAAGUAAAUCACAAGUCAAUCAUGUGUUAAUCACAUGUCAAUCACAUGUCAAUUGCAUGUCAAUCAUGUGUCAAUCACAUGUCAAUCACACGAGUCGAUCGCAUGUCAAUCAAAUGCCAAUCUCAUGUCAAUCACAUGUGAAUCACAUAUCAAUUACAAGCCAAUCAUUAGUCAACCACAGUUAAGUGACAACCUAAAUAAAUAAAGAGUGAUGAUGAACUAUAGCUUUUGCUUUGACUUGUGAUUGACUUGUAAUUCGUGAAAGUACACCUCUGACUUCCAGUAAGGUUCUUAUUUGAGCAGUCUCAAGAUGUUUUAACACAUGUACAAGUACUUGUAUUGUAACAAAAGGUAUUGUAAGCAGGCACUUGUUCGAAUGCUAAGAAUUUAUCUUUUUUUAUUUGGGAUGUA